UAAAAGAUGAAUGAACUCGAAAAACUCCUGAGCAAAGCUACUAAUCCUGUUUCUGAUCAAUAUAAUUCUGAUACAGUGAAUGAAAUUGCUAAGUUAAUAGAUACUCAACCGAAUGGUCCAGUUUUUACUCUACGUCUCCUUGCUCAUAAGAUUAAGUCUCCGCAUGAAAGAGAAGCUUUAAGUUCAUUGGCGUUGUUGGAAUCUCUGUCUAAACGGUGUAGUCCAACGUUUAUUUCCGAACUUGGGAAAUUCAAGUUCUUAAAUGAAUUGAUCAAAGUCCUAUCACCAAAG